AGUUCAUGUUUCGCCAAGAAGUCGGUGUGACGUCUUUUAUUCCAUCUUGUUCGUAUCUUUUCCAACACGAGAAGAGGAAUAUGUCCAGAUACAACAUAUACAGCCUGCUGGACUGGGUCUACGGCGGCGUGGACCCGAAGUUUGAGGGCAACGGGGGCCCCGAGUGUGCCGCCUUCAUAGCGCCCCAGCAGCGCAUCAGCGAGAGUCUGGUCAUCGUCCUCAUCUCCCUGCUGGAGAUCGGUGUGGCUCUGAAGAAGAUCAACCUCUCCAAAGAGCUCAGAGUGGUGGGCAAAGACUGCGUUAGGGCAAAGGAGGACAGUCUGGGCAAGAACCUGUUGCUGGUUGCCCUUUGCAUGACUUUUGGGGUGGAGGUUGGCUUCAAGUUCGCCACUAAGACUGUGAUCUAUCUGCUGAAUCCCUGCCAUGUCAUGACCAUGGUUCAGAUCUUCCUGCUGGCGUGCCCGCCUUGUAAAACAGCAAUGGUUGUUUUUAGGCUGCAGGUCCACAUGUUGAAUGGAGCGUUACUGGCUUUAAUGUUCCCUGUAGUCAACACUAGACUUCUUCCCUUCGAGAAGGAGAUCUACUACAUCCAGCACUCCAUGCUGUACCUGGUGCCUCUUUACCUUUUCAGGAAAGGAGGUGUGUACAAGCCUGAGCCCCUGGGGGACAUGUGGUGGGCACUGCUCUCCACCGGCAUCCUGUUCCUCUAUCACUUCCUUUUCUUGCAGGUUCUUGGCCUGGUAACUGAGGUCAACCUGAACAACAUGCUGUGUCCGGCCGUGUCCGAUCCGUUCUACGGUCCUUGGUACCGGGUUUGGGCGACGGGCCACCAGACCCUGCUGACCCUCAUCCACGGAAAGCUCCUCACACUCCUCUCCCAGUACAGCGGCUCCGCCUGCAGAUACAUGCUGGACACACUGCGACUGCGCAGCAAGAAAGUCGACUGAAUGUCCACAGAGAUGCACUCAGGCUUAGCCUUUCACUCUAAAUGCCUGCUCAUACAUUGGAGUUAGUUUCUUUUUUUUUUUUUUUUUUUAAUCUGCAUUUUAAUGCAUCUUUUAAGACUCACCAUCUGUUUUACUGAAAUUCCAGCAUUUCAGGGCCAGUGAAUCAGUGUGUCAUUCUUUUAGUGUUGUAGUCGGCUUGCAUACAUACUCGCAUGCACAAAUGUAAAGGGCAUUUUAGGACUGGUAGUAUUGCGGAGUUGGCCAGAUUUAGAUUUCAUUUCCAGAAACGCGUACGUGAAUUAGCGGGAGAUUUCUCAAGCUGCCUUUUUGUAAAUUUUUGAGGACAGAAAACGGGAGUCGCCCAAAAGUCACUGCUGUUCUGCAGUUGUUACACUUUCAGUUCUUUAUGUGGUCGUUAUGCUAGAUUGUAUGUUAGUGGAUAAAGCUGCCAUUUUAUUCGUCUCAAGUGCAUUUUGAAGCAGAUUGUCAUUUUGCUUGUUCAUAGCGUGAGGAUUUUGUAUGAUCACCUCAGUGUUAUCACGACUGAAAAUAGAAACUUUAUGGCUUUAUGUUCCUCUGUUCCCACUUUGCUACGGUUAUAAAAAAAAAAGCGUUCUUGCCUGUGGCUUCUCCAGCCUGUUCAGAUCAUUCCAGAUGUGAUAAUCAGGGGACACGAGGAUGUAUUUCAUGCUGAGAUUCAGAGGAUUUAUGGAUCUGCACUGGGAUGUUGUUGUUAUUACCUCUGCCAAGGAGGACGCGUGUUUGUCUGUUAUUUUUAUUGUGAUGUUGGACCAUAUUCAGUGAGGUAUGACUUUGAGUGCGUCGUUGGAAUAAAUGUGUUGUUUUGCCAAGAUGAAACACAUCCCGGUAAGACAUGUAUCUGGGCUGGAAUCACGCAUCGUGACACUUGAAGAGAAUCUCUCGCUUUAUUGUCGAGUUAAUCUCACAGAGCAUCCUGAAUUCACCCAACUGCAAAUGUAUCCAGUCACACUCUCAAUUUUGUAUAAAUCAAUAUGCAUGAAGUCUCUAUGGGUGGUUUGUUGGUCACUCAUUCUAAAGGAAGUAGUAUUAACAACACUGAUAAUUGGAAGAUGUCAGUCAUGGUAUAUAUCAUUUCAAGUAUGAGGGCUGUGUGUAUUACUGUAGCAUAUUCUAUACUUCACUGUAAAGAAGGGAUAAGAGAAACUUUUGUAUUUCUAUCAAUUCGUGUGUGUGCUGUCUUGACAAUAAAAGUGAUGUAAGUUGA